AUGGCAUCCGUCAAUUCAAUAUCCUCCGAGAAGGACAAUGACGAGGACCGUGACAUCAUGCAUGACGAUGUAGUUGACGACGAGGAACAUGAGGACUUCGUUUCAGAAUUGGAUCCCUCCCAACAAGAAGAUCUCGCACAUCAUCAACGACUAGAUGAAUUCCUUCAACCCUUGUGUUUGGACGAGGCUGUCUUGUACAGGUUGGCGCGUCGCUUUUCUGCCACAUACCGCCAUUUGGCCUUGACUUCAGAUCAGCAAUUCCUCCCGACUCCGGUGACUCAACUCCCCACAGGAGAAGAGACAGGACGGUAUUUGGCCAUCGAUGUCGGUGGAAGUAAUUUGCGCGUUGCAUUUAUUGAGUUAUUGGGUGAGGUUGAGGACUCCGAUGUUCGGUCCGCGGAUGCUUCGGAGAGGUCCCGCGAUACCAUUCGCAAGGCUCAGCGCCAGCGUGUGAAAAGAACGCUUGAGCGGGCUUGGCCAAUCCAAGAACAUUUGAAAAUGGACAAGGCUGAGGAUCUAUUUGCUUGGAUCGGCGACUGUAUUGCGGAAGUUGUGGCGGAGAGUCUCACUUCGGAUGCGACCAGGAAAGACAUCCCUGCGGAAUUAGAUAUGGGCAUCACUUUCAGUUUCCCGAUAAUGCAAGAAUCACUGGCGGAGGCAACAUUAAUGCCUAUGGGUAAGGGUUUCGCUAUUACUUCCAACCUCAACUUGCGCAACAUACUUCUGAAUGGAUAUGAGAAACACACAAGACGACCAGAUGAUGAAGAGGAACCUUCUUCCAAACGCCGGAAGUUGUUUGCCUUGCCGAAAUUGAAGAUUCAAGCUAUUACAAACGAUACAGUUGCGACGCUGGCUUCGCUCGCAUACGCAGUCAAGUCUUUACCGAACAGUCGAGUUGCUAUGGGUAUCAUUGUGGGCACAGGUUGCAACGCAACAAUUCCAAUGAAACUCGAGGAACUACACGAAUCGAAGGCCAAGAGCGUCAACUCGAUGGAACCAGGAGCCAAGGAGACCAUUGUCAACACCGAGUGGACAAUUUCUGGUGCAGCACCACCACUUCGCGAUCUCGAUAUCACAACUCAGUGGGAUAUUGAAUUGGAUAGGGCUUGUGCGCGUCCUGGGUUCCAACCAUUUGAAUAUAUGACUGGAGGUAGAUACAUCGGCGAACUAAUUCGUUUGAUAUUGUUCGACUACCUCACAAACGUUGCAGGGCUGUCGAAACGAAUCCUGCCCGCCAAUCUUAUUCAAGAAUACGCUCUUACAACAACCUAUAUAUCCGACUACGUGGCACGAGCUCGAUCCGAUCAAGACCUCGCAAAGGAGCUGAAUCAAUCUCUUCCUCCCCCAGAGAGCAGUGACUGGCGCUGGGAUGCCCGUACAGCCGGUGCGUUCCGCCGAAUUGCUCGCACCGUUCAAAGGCGAUCUGCCGGUUUGAUCGCCGCUGCUGUAAUUGGGUUACUGGCCUGUUGCCGCGAAAUCGAGCUGAAGGAAGAUAGCAACGUCAAUACCCCAGAAAAUGCAGCCUCUCCACAAAGCAAUGGUGAAAUAUCCCACGACCAUGCUGCAGUCUCUGCCGUAAAUAUCAAUCCUACUUCCCUUAACAGUGUCCAUGGACAUGUUGUCCCUGUCCUCCAACCAACACCAGCCGAUUGGCAAUCUGGCCCGGAAGAGCUGGUUGUAGCCUACACGGGCGGUAUCAUCCAACACUACCCGCAGUUCAAGGAGAUGUGCCAGCAACACAUUGAUCGCCUGAUUAUGCGGACUGGUCCGCAACAGGGAGGCAAGUCUGUCUUUUUACGAGAGGCUUCGGAUGGCGGCGUUAUUGGCGCUGGUGUUCUUGUCGGUAUGGUUGUUAGCAAAUGA